ACACGGAGGAAUACGUCAUCAAGCGGUUUCUCAGAGCCAUGACAGAUCGCACAGGCCUGCUGUUUCGCUGCCAUAUAUGACCCCUGCUCCUCUCCUGGGGGGCGCCCAGGGCCAUGGCAGAGGUGAUGGGACAGAGGGGCCUGAUGGGCUUUGGUGUGGUGCUGGCUUGGCUCGUGCUUUUCCACCUGCUGGUCAAUAUCUGGCUCCUGUGUGUGUUCACCAGCCUUCUGCUGGUGCUCGGAGGCUGGUUCGGAUCACAGGCCAUCUUGGAGUCCAACAACGUGGUUCACCUGGAGAGGUUCAUCAAACUGGAACAGGUUCAGUCGUCUGCAGAGGAUGAGGAACAGUUGGACCAGGAGAUCCAUCACACCGUGAGAAAGAUCAUUAGAGACUUUGUCUCUUCAUGGUAUUCCACGGUGUCCACAGAGAGUGCUUUUGAGACGGAGGUUCAGGAAGCCAUGAUCUCUAUGGCCAUGGAGCUGAAACUCCGGGCCAGAGGCGUUGACCGAAAGGAUCUGACCCAGAAGGUCCUGAACCUGGUGGGCGCACACCUGCAGGAUUACCUCAGAGCCAAGGAGCUGGUGAAGGACCAGCAGCAGCGCAGUGAGAGGAAGCAGUUAUGGAAAGCUUACUCCUCUAUCGUCACGCCUCACGUUGCCAUGGGCGACGAGGCAGCGGAGGUCAACUAUAUCCGCGCCAUGGUGGAUUGUUUGCUGCACGUUUUGGUUCCUUCGCCUCAUUUAGAAACCCAGACAGGACGCUUCGUGGUUGGAGAGCUCAUCACCUGUAACGUCCUCCUCCCUCUAGUAGCUAAACUGUCCGACCCUGACUGGUUAAACCUCCUCGUUAUAGAAAUCCUCGGUAGAUCCAACGCCCAGACGGAGAGAGUCGCUCCUCAACCAGAGAUCUGCGCCCCCCCGCUGCCUGCUGCUGAUUCAGAGACCGAUGCACCUCAGCAGGCUGUGUCGUUGCCUCCGGUGGUCAGUGAGGCGCCCUCACAAAGAGCAGAGGCAGGGCUGAGCGAAGACAGAGAAACCGCCGCGUCCGAGUUCACUGCCUACGAUGUGAGCGACUCCGACGAAGUCAGGUUUUCCCAGACUUUCUCUGAGGAAGACGAUGCUUCUCGCCCCUUUUUAAGGUGUUACAUGAGAGGAAGAAAGUCCAACCCAUUUUACCAAGAAACCGAUUCUGACCCGGACUCUCCUUUGGCAGACUAUAAACCCAGCUCCACCGAUUCCUUGCUCCUGAUAGGUCAAGAGGAUGGUCUUUAUGACAGAGCCAGAGACUGCACCACCGCUACAGAGAACAACAACGGCAUAGACUUGGAGGACGUUUCCCUGAGUCCGGUGGACGCAUCUCAUCCUAAGGUCUUGGUGAAUUCAGCAGUAGUGGACAAUCCUAACGACAGGAGUCUGUCAUCAGUCGGUCACACAGAGGGGACCUGCAGCACCAACAGCCUUCCCGAUCUGAGGGGAGAAAAUGGUUCCCCUGCAGUAAGCGAAAGCAGAGAGCUUGUUCUUGGCGUGGAGCAGAGCGGAGCGGUGAACGCCUGUGAGCUGAUGGUGGCUAACCCGCUGCAGGGCUCUUCUCCCAUGUCUACCUUCAGUUUUGAGCCCCUCAGCAGCCCAGAGGGGCCGGUCAUCAUCCAGAACCUCCGCAUCACGGGGACCAUCACAGCCAAGGAGCACCGUGGCACCGGCUCGCACCCCUACACGCUUUACACCAUCAAAUAUGAGACGUCAGUGGGCUGUGAGAACCCUGAGAGCAUCCAGUCAGCUUCAGAGCUGGUAGAGUCUCUACUGCCGAGCUCAGAGCAUCCAGCUCCGCUCCAGCCGGUGGCGUAUCACAUGGUCAACAGGAGAUACAGCGAGUUCCUCAACCUCCAGACCCGGCUGGAGGAAAAAGCAGAACUGCGGAAACUCAUUAAAGGGGUGAAAGGUCCAAAGAAAAUCUUUCCAGACAUGCCGUUUGGAAACAUGGACAGUGACAAGAUCGAGGCCAGGAAGGGGCUCCUGGAAACCUUCCUAAAGCAACUGUGUGCCAUCUCCGAAAUAGCCAACAGUGAAGAGAUGCAGGAGUUUCUUGCUCUCAACACGGACGCCAGGAUUGCCUUUGUGAAGAAACCCUUCAUCGUGUCCCGCAUAGACAAGAUUGUGGUGAACGCGAUUGUAGACACCUUGAAGACGGCGUUCCCUCGCUCCGAACCUCAGAGCCCCACAGAGGACAACGAGAGCGAGGUGGACGGAGGGAAGCUGGGUGUGGACAAGAAGAGCAGGUCUCGCCUGAAACUCUCCAGUAAAAACCUCCCCUUCAUGAACGGCUCAGACUUCCGGCCUCCUGUGCUGUUUGCUUGGGAUCAGAGCGGCACGGUGUUUAAUGGCAUGUCUCUGGUGGAUUUACAAGCUUUUGUUAGCGAGGAGGAAAAGUUGUCUUUAAAGGAGGCAGAGCGGGAGGAGAGUCCAGAGUCGGGCCAGCGUGGAGGCCUCCAGCAUCAAAGUGUGAGAGGAAAGCAGAAGGAGGAAGGCGACUCGUCAUCUGAGAUGUCCCUGGCUGAGGUAGCCCUGAACAUCCUGUGUCUUCUGCUGAAGGAGCACUGGAGCUGGUUGUGUUCUGAAAACAUCCAGAGGACCGUCAGGCUGCUGUUUGGAACCCUCAUUAACAGAUGGCUGGACGUGAGCGUAGCCAACCUGACCUGCACCAAAUACUGGGUGGCAUACCUGCAGGUCGUCCAGGAAGCGGUGUGGCCGGGAGGAGCUCUGCCAGCUGCCGCUCCGCCUGAACGCAGCCAGCAGCAAAAAGACCAGACCAAGCAGCAGGCCUUAGACUGCCUGACCAACCUCGUGCCAG